GGACAUGGAUCGAAGAUAUAAAUUUCUCAGCUAGGAGACUUACAAAGAAAUGGAGCAUGAACUCGGUGCUGAACAGCAUCGGCCUGAUGGCGGAGGUGGACGUGCUCUUCCACUCCAAGAACCCCUUCUUCAUCCUGCAGCAGUUCUUCUGGGUCGCGGGCAGCCGCAUCAGGCCAGCUGCGGACCCGCUUCUCGGCCUUCCAAUACGCCCCGGUUCCUCUUCGACGUUCUCUUCGUCAAGGACAGCUUCGGCCUGGUGUUCAUGAUGACCUUCCUGAUGCGAGACGUUGACGAACUGCUGCACGGUGCGCAAGCCGUCCACGCUUUCCUCACCUUCUGCUGCGAAGGGGGCCUUCCCUGGAUGGCCCUGUCCCAAUUCUUCGUGUUCCAGUUUCACUACCGCAUGACGACCCACAGACAGGGUGCAGGACCGGACAGAAAACACCUGUUCCUCCUGGAUGUAGUGUAUCACGUGAUCCAGUUCUCCGUCGCCUUACUGGCCGUGGCUUCCAGGGUACCUCCGGCCGAUAAGAUGGCUCUGGCGCGCCACUCGCUGCACGGGUUGUCCCUGCUCUACCACAGCUACGUUCUCUGGUCGUUCUUCAGGUGGGUCCGGAUGACCCUGCCCAUCGUGAAGACGGUGGCCUGCGGCUCGGGUCGCUUCCUGAGCCCGGCCAUGUCUCGCCUGCUGCUCUUCCUGCUCGAGGCCCAGGGCGGGAACGCGCCCAUGCUCCGGCUCUUGGAGCGCGUGCUCCGGCUCCAGGAGCAGGUCCGUCAGCUGGCCAGGGCCCUCCAGCGGCAGGAGGGCGCCCCGGUCGCUGCGCCGCCCGGCCACAACCCCGACCGGCUGGACAGACUGGCCCUCGACCAGGAACGGCAUGCGCUCGCAGACCAACGAUUAUGAAAUACACCGAUGACAUCGCAACGUGUUGUGUUUUGUACUCUGCGAGCGAGUAUAGGAGCUGCUGGGAAGUUUUCGUAGAUCGUUUCUUCCGCCCCACAAUGAUCUCCGCAACCCGCUACGCUAUCCGGAACUCUGCAGUCAAGGCAUGCGCGUAGUGUGUUCUCGUUGCGGAGAGCGUAGCGGAGUAGGGGAAACGAUAGAAAACUAAGUCCCUUGGUGUGUAUUUCCGUGCGAUCCUUGAAAGUAAAUGGCGCCCAUAGUCAGUUGACAAUGGGGAGUUUUCGUAGACCACGUUUCCCCCUCCGC